AUGCUGCAACAUGCGAAUUCAAAAUGUAUUUAUGUCAAAUUUUUACAAAAAAGAGUUUUAAAAACUCGGAGAAAUUAUUCAGAUGAUAUAACCUACAAAAAUGGGAUGUUUAAAUUUAAACAGGGCGACAAAAGUGGAAGUCGUAGAAAAUUUCAUCAAAACUCCCACUUUCAACACCAUACAACAUUACCCUCGCAGUCGCAAAUUAUUAUUGCAGGUGCGGGAACAGUGGCUAAUUCAGUCGCUUAUCAUCUUGUUGUUAAUGGAUGGAAUGAUGUACUUGUUCUGGAACAAAAUAGCAGGGUUGGAAGCGGAACAUCCCAUUUUGGUUCUGGUACACUGGGUCUUUUCAAACCAAUAUCACACAGAAACUUAAUAUCCUAUAGCAUUAAGUUGUAUCAACAACUACAAGAAAUGGGAUAUGAUAUAGGUCUGAAACAAUGCGGUAGCAUAUAUUUAGCUCAAACCAAAGACAGAAUGAUAGCUUUGAAAAGAAGAAUGGCUUAUAAUGUACCCACAGGUUUACAUUGCGAAAUUUUAGGAAGAGAUCAAUUGAAUCAAUUAUAUCCAAAUUUGCAUACUGAAGAUCUUGAAGGUGCAGUUUGGGUUCCUGAAGAUGCAGUAGCUGAUUCUAGUGCAAUUUGUAAUGUUUUAGCCAAAUUAGCAAAAAUUGGGGGAGCAAAAUACAUUGAAAAUUGCCGUGUAGAAGAAAUUUACACUGAAAAUCGAGCUAUAAAAAGUGUAAGAACUGAAUAUGGAAUAAUUUCUUGCGAAUAUUUCGUCAACUGUGCAGGAAUGUGGGCACGAGAAUUAGGUUUGAGAUGUAAUCCACCAGUCAGAAUCCCAGCAUAUCCUGCAGAACAUUUUUAUGCAAUUACUCCUUCUUUCUCAUCUAAUACAAACAUGACUUUGCCAUGCAUACGAGAUUUUGAUUCAUACUCAUAUAUGAGGGAGUGGAAAGGAGGUUUAUUAAUUGGAUGGUUCGAACCAGAAUCAAAACCUGCAUUUGAGAAUGGUAUUGUUCCUACAAAAGAUUGGAGAAAUCAUCUUACAGUUAAUACUUCACAUUGGAAACCUUUAUGGAAUAAAGUAGUACAUAGAUUGCCAUUUUUGAAAGAUAUACAACCAAACGUAUAUAACUGCCCAGAUAAUUUUACACCAGAUGGUAGAUGGAUAUUAGGAGAAAGUCCACAAGUAAAGAAUUAUUUUGUUGCUGUCGGCAUGAAUGGAAAUUCAUUACAAGGAGCAGGAGGAAUAGGAAAAGAAGUUGCUGAAUGUCUGAUAAAUGGUGAAUCUACACAAGAAAUACUUCCUUUUAAUGUACAAAGAUUUUUAGAUUUACAUGGUAGUAAACGAUAUUUACAACAAAGAACAAAGGAAAUUGUUGGAAGAAAUUAUGCAAUUUUAUAUCCUCAUCAAUGUGAAUACAAAUAUGCUCGAAAACUACGUUGUUCGCCUUUGUAUUCUGUACUUGAGGAGAGAGGUGCAAUUUUUGGUGUCAAAAUGGCUUAUGAACGUCCACUUUAUUUUGAUUCAAAUUAUAAAAGGGAAAAAAAACCAAUCAUGCCACCAGGUAGUUUUUAUAAACCUAAAUUUUUUGAUUAUAUGAAAGAAGAAUUUAUAGCAUGCAAAGAAGGAGUGGGAAUAAUAGAUAUGAGCUCAUUUUCGAAGAUUGAAAUUAAAUCUAGUCGUUGGGAAGUUGUAAACUAUCUUCAACAAUUGUGUUCUAAUGAUGCAAAUAUACCAGUUGGUAAUAUAGUGCAUACAGGAAUGCAAAAUGAAAGAGGAGGAUAUGAAAAUGAUUGUAUUUUAGUAAGACAAGCUGAAAAUAGUUAUUUUAUGGUUUCACCUACAUCGCAACAGACACGCAUCUAUCAGUGGAUGUCUAGACAUUUACCAGCUGACUAUUCAGUAGGUCUUAAUGAUGUAACAUCAAAAUAUACUGUUAUCAAUUUAGUAGGACCUAAAGCAACAGGAUUACUUUCAGAACUUUCCAAUUCUAAUAUUAAUCUCUCUCCUUUUACAUAUAAGAAUGUAAAUGUCGCGUAUGCUUCUGAUGUAAUGGUAAUGUCAUUCACACAUACUGGUGAAUCUGGUUAUUGCUUAUAUAUACCAUCAGAAUAUGCACUUCAUGUAUACUCCAGAUUAAUGGAAGUCGGUAAAGAUUACGGAGUACGAGAUGUAGGUGUUCUCACACAACGUUUCAUGCGAAUAGAAAGAUUUAUUCCAUUUUGGGCCGAAGAAUUGACACCAUUUGUUACACCAUAUGAAGCUGGAAGUGGAUACAGUGUAAAAUUAGAUAAAGAAUAUUUCAUUGGAAAAUUUGCUUUACAACGUCAAAAAGAACAAGGCGUAUCAAAACGAUUAGUAUUAUUUGUUGUUAAUGAAUUAGAUAUCAAUAAAGAUGUAUGGCCAUGGGGUGGAGAGCCUGUUUAUCGAAAUAAUGAAUUUGUAGGAACUGUUACAUCAGCGGGAUACGGUUUCGCUACAGAGAAGCAUAUAUGUCUUGGUUUUAUCAGUCAUCCCAAAUCAAGACAUAUACAAACUAAUGCAAGUAUUGUUACAACAGAUUUUAUAAUGGAUCCUAAAGCUCGUUAUGAAAUUGAUAUCGCUGGUAUUAGAUUUCCGAUUAAACCGCACAUUCGUCCAUUACCUCUACCGACUCUGAAUAGUAAAUUAAAUAAGAAAUAUAUUCCUACUCCUAUUGUAUCAUAUUGAAGCCACAUUUUUCAAUAAUAAUCUUUUAUUUCCAUUUAUUAUGAUUGAGAUUUAAUCAUUAUAAUUUUAAAUUAAAAUAAAACGGAAAGUAGGGUUUUAAUUUUUUUAAAAUUGUUUUCUCUAGGAAUUUAAAUAUAUUUAUAACUGUAAAAAUGUUUGAACUAUAUGUUGUAUUGUAAUUAAGUAUCUACCAUCGUCUAUCUGCUUUAAAUUAUUCUAUUUAUAGUUUGUAAAAAUAAGUAUUGUAUCCAAUUAAUAUAUUAGUUCGAUGCAA